AUGACACGGCGACUGGCGGAGAUGGUCGAGGAGACAAUGGAUACAGGAAGCAAGAGCGACCGCAAGCUGAUGCAGGAUGUGGGCUUCUCAGAGGAUCUAAAGAAACAGCUGGAGGAGAGGAUAGCCCAGACCGCUUUCGAGGGUCAAAGUCAGCAGGCUGCCAGUCAGGUCAAGAUGUCGACCUCUGCAGGCAAGGGCACACAAGAUAUCGCAGCGGCGCAGCCAUGGACUGGUACCGAGACAUUACACGACUCCGCCUUGCGAAUGCUUGACGAUAGUCACAAGAAACUGCGGUCAACCUACAAAUCACCUGCCGUCCCUCAUAAGAGCCUCCGUCCCGCGCCUAAGAAGACCUACUCAGCCGCCGAUCGUCUGGCCAGCGCCCGCGACAAGACGAGCAUAUAUGCAUUCAGUCAGCAGGACGACAUGGACGAGAAAGAGCGGGAAAAGUGGCGGAAGGAGUUGAAAGAGAGAUUCACACCCGGUGCACGUCCCAUGCCGACGACGUUACAAGGUCUGACAAGCCUGGCGAACGAACGAAUCGAGGAUGCCAUCGCCAGAGGACAGUUCAAGAACAUCCCUCGCGGCAAGGGCAUGAAUGUGGAGAGAGACUACAAUGCCAACAGUCCGUUUCUAGACACGACAGAGUACUUCAUGAACAAGAUCAUCCAGAAGCAGGAAAUUGUCCCGCCCUGGAUUGAGAAGCAACAAGAGUUGGUCAAGCUGGUGGCCACCUUCCGUGGCCGGCUGAGGAACGAUUGGCGCAGGCACGCAGCCAGGUCUAUUUCCAGCACUGGGGGUUCCGUGGCGGAGCAAGUGCGCAGGGCCCGAGGCUUUGCUCUCGCGGAAGAGCAGGUCAACCCAAGAACACAGAAAACAGAGACCUUGAGUUCAAUCUCCAGUGAUGGGAGUCUCAUGACGGUCACAGUCGAGGAGAGAGUUGCGGCGGCUGUGCCUUUAGAGCCACAAUCGGCUGCUUCUGCACAAGAACAACGGCAAUCACCGCAGGAGGAACAAGUACAGAUUACAGUGACUGAAAAUGUUGCAGGGACUACACCAGCCAGCAAUUCCAACGAAGCACCCGCCAGUGCUGCAGCCUCUACCACCUCUGCCCCCUCAUUCACCUCCCAAGCCGUCCUACCAACCCCCUAUCCCUUCCGUGAUGCGGACUGGGAACGCACCGAGCUCGCCUACCACAAACUUGCAAUUUCGGAAAUCAAUGCGUUGGCACGCAGCUACAACUUGAUGGCACCCAAAAUCGCCCAGAAACCAUACUACUCACUCCAACGCGAACUAAACCGAUGCUUUGCGGAGGUUGCUCCUACUUUGGCCGACGCCAUCCUCGAGCGUAGCCGUAAACCGAGCGUCAAGAUCGCCAUUGCGCCGCACAAAGAGGGUGGCAUCCUCGAACGUUUCGGCAACGGGGUCGGCGCGGAGAGGUACCGUGGUCAUGAACGCAGCAUCAGGGAAGAGAGUGAAGGGAAAGGCUACGGCUUUCGCGAAUUUUGGCGGGAUUUGUUUGGCGGGAACGGUGGCGGGAAGAAGCGUGACGCUGUGUGA